AUGUUAGCUCUGGGGGCUGACAGACAGGUGGGAUUUGGGGUCGAGGAUGGUUGUUGUGAGACACUUGUAAGGAAGACACGGCAGAAUGCAGGUGUCGGGAGUUUUGGUAAAGAUAAAGUCGAGGAGGGAAGACUCUCGAGACCACAGGAGGAUCCGGCUUCCAGCUCCGUUCUGGAGCAGGAUCCAGUUUCCGGUUCCGUUCUGGAUCAGGAUCCGGCUUCCGGUUCUGUUCUGGAUCAGGAUCCGGCUUCCGGUUCCGUUCUGGAUCAGGAUCCGGCUUCCGGUUCCGUUCUGGAUCUUGAUCCGGCUUCCGGUUCCGUUCUGGAUCUUGAUCCGGCUUCCGGUUCCGUUCUGGAUCAGGAUCCGGCUUCCGGUUCUGAUCCGGCUUCCAGCUCCGUUCUGGAGCAGGAUCCAGUUUCCAGUUCCGUUCUGGAUCAGGAUCCGGCUUCCAGUUCCGUUCUGGAUCAGGAUCCGGCUUCCGGUUCCGUUCUGGAUCAGGAUCCAGUUUCCGGUUCCGUUCUGGAUCAGGAUCCGGCUUCCGGUUCCGUUCUGGAUCUUGAUCCGGCUUCCGGUUCCGUUCUGGAUCAGGAUCCGGCUUCCGGUUCCGUUCUGGAUCAGGAUCCGGCUUCCAGCUCCGUUCUGGAUCAGGAUCCAGUUUCCGGUUCUGUUCUGGAUCAGGAUCCAGCUUCCGGUUCCAUUCUGGAUCAGGAUCCGGCUUCCAGCUCCGUUCUGGAUCAGGAUCCAGUUUCCGGUUCCGUUCUAGAUCAGGAUCCGGCUUCCGGUUCCGUUCUGGAUCAGGAUCCGGCUUCCAGCUCCGUUCUGGAUCAGGAUCCAGUUUCCGGUUCCGUUCUGGAUCUUGAUCCGGCUUCCAGUUCCGUUCUGGAUCAGGAUCCAGCUUCCAGCUCCGUUCUGGAUCAGGAUCCAGUUUCCGGUUCCGUUCUGGAUCAGGAUCCGGCUUCCGGUUCCGUUCUGGAUCAGGAUCCGGCUUCCAGCUCCGUUCUGGAUCAGGAUCCAGUUUCCGGUUCCGUUCUGGAUCUUGAUCCGGCUUCCGGUUCCGUUCUGGAUUAG